AUGGAUGUCAUAGUGGAGGAGGGGGGGGAGGAAGGGGGGGAGGACGACGAAGGCCUGACGGACGAGUACCGGUCUGGUUUGAAGGAGGAGGACGGGAAGGAGGGCGUGGAGGAGGGAGCAACGCCGGCCCACUACCAGGUCAACCACUUGCUGCAUGACAUUUUGCCGCUCUGCUACGAAAAGGAGAAGACGGACGCAUUUAUAUUGCAAAUUGCUCCUUUUGUGAAGCGGAAAGGGGUGGCGAAGCGCAAGACCGUCAAGUACGUCGGAGAGCUCGUCAAGUUCAAGAUUUGUCCCCCCAUUGUGCCUUUCACAUUCCUCAACGCCUGCUUGGAAGCGUUUUCCCGCCACAACGUGGAGCUCGCCUGUGCCCUGCUGGAAAGCUGCGGACGCUUCCUCUUCCUCACUCCUCACACGCACACGCGCCUGAAGGGCUACUUGAGCACCAUGGAGAGGCUCAAGCGGGUGAAAUCGCUCGACCCCACCCUGGAGGUUUUGAUCGACAACGCCUGCCUGAUUUGCAACCCUCCUUCCCAGCGGACAACGACCCGGCAAACCGUCCUCCUUCCCCCGCUCUAUGCCUACCUUCGUUUCCUCCUCUUUGAGCGCCUCAGCCCGAAAAACACCGACGACGUCCUCUAUUCCCUGCGCAAAUUUCCCUGGAAAACUCCGAGGGGGGGGGCGCCAGCCGAAGCCACAGGGUUGAGUGAGCUGGAAGUGUUUUUCCUCCGCUCGGUCCUGCAAGCCGCGCGGGGUAAGUUCCACGCCUUGCAUGCCCUGGCGGACGUGGUGGCUGGCCUGGGGAAAUACCACGAGAACAUGGCCGUGAGCAUGGUCGACGAGGUCUUGGAGGAGCUCAAACGGGGGUUGGAAACGGCGGGGGGACGCCGGGAUCGGGACACCCAAGGCUUCUUGGCCCUCAGCCGUUUAUUGGGCGAGUUUUAUAACUACAAUUUGAUUCCUCAUGCCUUGGUUUUCGACACGUUGUACCUUUUCCUGCACUACGGCCACGAGGUGCCUCCGCACCCCUCCCUGCCUUCCUCCAUCCCGCCCUCGUUCCCUCCCUACGUCACGCACGACCCUCGCAUCCUCACACCCUUGGAUCCCCCCGCAGAUACCUUCCGCUGCCACCUCGUCAUCAACCUUCUGCAGGCCUGCGGUCCGCUCUUGGCGGGCAAAGGGCACGAGAAAGUGCGAGGGAAGCUUUCCCUUUUUCUCACCUACUUCCAACGCUACCUCUUUUGUCGCGGCUACGUA